UUUGCGGUAUAUUGAUAUUAGUAACCUGCGUAGACUUGGCCUGCCCCCCUCAUGCUGCGUAGCUAGCCCUGAACACCAUGUGUUUGCUUUCUCCCUUGGGGACCUAGGAGUGAUAGCGAUAUAAAUACGGUUUCAAUACCACUAAAUUUUCCUGGUACCGAUUACGACCUUAACAAUGGCAACAAGAACCGAAGACCUCACGGAACUCUCUAACAUCAUCUCCACAAGCAUAAAGAACUAUCUCUCCCACGUCCCCACUCCACCCACCCUCCGACCAGUACCUCCAAUUCCUGUGACCGACGAGGUGGCUGUUGAAGUAGCAGACGAACUCUUAGUGGCAUGUCGGAGGGUCAUUUCUCUGGUUGAGGGCCCCAUAAGGACCGCGCUCAUGAUGUCAAGUGGGUUUCAAGACUCUAUUGCCAUGAAACUGGCGUACGACAUGAAGCUGGCGCAGAACGUGCCACCCGAUGGAUCGCCUAUCGCUCUGGCGGAGUUGGCUUCAAAGACGGGGGUGCCUGAGGAGACUAUUGUGAGAGUGAUGCGGCAAUUGACGUCGAAGAAUGUGUUUGUCGAGACGGCGCCGGGGUAUAUUGCGCACACUGGUGGCUCUGCGGCCAUCGGGCUUCCCGGGGUUGGCUCCAUGGUUGCGCAUCUCGUCGACGAAGGACUCACCUCGGCGCCUCACGUCUCCGACAUUCUGCGUGAAAACGAAUUCGUGGUUCCCGAAGAUAGUAGGAAAUCCGCUUUCAGUCGGGCCUUCAAUACGAACAAGAGCUACUUCGAAUACAUCUGCACCGACAACAAACCUCUGGGCACACGUUUCGGCCAAGCUAUGAAAGCCAUGAACGUUGUUGAUGGCCUACCCAACCUCGUGGCGCUCUACGAACCCCUCCAGUCCGCCCCCAAAGGCACAAUAUUAGUAGACAUCGGCGGUGGCCUCGGACACGCCGCUAUCGCCGCAGCACAGAAAUUUCCAAACUUGAAAUGCAUUGUGCAGGAUAUAGGAAUGGUGGUCAGUGAAGGGCGCGAUGAACUUCCCGAGGAGCUUAAAGACCGUGUGGAGUUUCAUGAAAAUGAUUUCUUCGAGGGGCAGCCGAUUGGUGGGCCUGGGGUUUAUUACUAUCUCAAGUAUAUCUUGCAUGAUCAUCCUGACCCUGCUAGUAAAAAGAUCCUGUCGCACAUUGUGAGGGCUAUGGACUCCAGCUCUAGACUCCUCAUCGAUGAGCAUAUCGUGGAGGAGCGUAUGGGUCCUGAUAGUCACAAGUUGAUUCCAUUUUUGGACUUUCAUAUGCUUCUUUUGUUUAAUAGUAAGGAGAGGACUGAAGCUCAAUGGGCGGCGUUGCUAAAGGGCGUGGAUGAAAGAUUGGUUGUGGAGAGAGUGUGGAGGGCCAAGGGGACGGGCAACGGGAUUAUUGAGGUUAGAUUGGCUUGAUGGGGCCCAUUGGGCGGUGUUAUGAUAGUAAGACCGUGGAUAUAUGGAACGAAGAGUGGAAUGGGUUUAUUGUCA